UUCCGUUUCGUGUGUUCCAUUCAUUUCAUCGCAAACACGCGUCCUGUGUCCCGCGCGCGUCCUCCUCCUCCUCCGCCGCUGCUGCACGGCCAGUGACGUCACCCUCUGAACACCCAGCGCAGGUGUAAACAAUAACAGACGCGAGGAGAGCGUGGAGCACCAAACACAUGCCGCAUCUCACUGCACUGGCCAGAAGCGCAGUCUGUCGCAGCACAUUUUACAGGAAUGGCAUGUCUCAUGGCAGCCUUUUCAGUCAACAAUACUACAGAGACCAACUCCAUCAUAAUGAAUACAAAUGGACCUCCCGAUCUCAUGCUAGACCCCAGAACCGUGUGCGUGUCUAUUGAUGAAAUGAUGUCCAGUCACGUCGGCAGUCAGCAGACGCCGCUGUUACACGGACACCUGAAGAAAGUAGAGAACAAUCUGACCGAGGCCCAGCGCUUUUCAUAUCUCCCCCGCAGACCCGCAGUCAACAUCGAAUUCAAAGAUCUCUCGUACUCGGUUCCUGAAGGACCGUGGUGGAGAAAAAAAGUGCACAAUCAGAGGGAGAAGCCCUGGAAUCCUGGUAGAAGGGAAACAGGCAUGAAAGGGGAGAUCCUGAUAAACGGGCAGCCCAGGGAUCUGCGAUCUUUCAGGAAAGUGUCCUGCUACAUCAUGCAGGACGACAUGUUACUGCCACACCUCACUGUACAAGAAGCCAUGAUGGUAUCAGCUAAUCUCAAACUCCAGGAAAAGGAUGAAGGCAGACGUGAAAUGGUUCGGGAAAUCCUGACUGCUCUCGGUUUGUUAGAAUGUGCCAAAACACGCACAUCCAACCUGUCUGGAGGCCAGAGGAAGCGUUUGGCCAUCGCCUUGGAGCUUGUCAACAACCCACCCGUCAUGUUUUUUGAUGAGCCCACAAGUGGACUGGACAGCUCCUCCUGCUUCCAGGUGGUGUCUCUGAUGAAGGCUCUUGCUCAGGGUGGUCGAACAGUCAUAUGCACAAUUCACCAGCCCAGCGCUAAAGUGUUUGAACUCUUCGAUAAGCUGUAUGUCCUCAGUCAAGGCCAGUGUAUUUACCGAGGAAGAGUUUCAAGCUUAAUCCCGUAUCUCCGAGAACUGGGACUCAACUGUCCCACCUAUCACAACCCUGCAGACUUCGUAUUGGAGGUGGCCUCUGGUGAAUACGGUGACCAGACAGCUUGGCUGGUGAAGGCCGUUCAGGAGUGCAAGUGUGAGAAAGACUACAAAAGUGAAACGAAUGGUAACGGGGUCCAUAAUCCCUUCCUGUGGCACAGACCAUCCGACGAGGACUCUUCAUCAUCAGAGGGUUGCCAUAGUUUUUCUGCCAGCUGCCUGACGCAGUUUUGCAUCCUUUUCAAAAGAACUUUUCUUAGCAUCAUGAGAGAUUCGGUGUUGACUCACUUGCGCAUCAUGUCUCAUCUUGGGAUUGGAAUUCUGAUUGGUCUUUUAUACCUGGGCAUUGGCAACGAGGCCAAGAAAGUCCUUAGCAAUUCCGGUUUCCUGUUCUUUUCAAUGUUGUUCCUCAUGUUUGCAGCUUUGAUGCCCACCGUCCUCACCUUUCCUCUUGAGAUGGGUGUCUUUCUGAGAGAACAUCUAAAUUACUGGUACAGCCUAAAGGCAUACUACUUGGCCAAAACAAUGGCGGACGUCCCGUUUCAGAUUGUGUUCCCAGUGGCCUACUGCAGUAUAGUGUACUGGAUGACAUCUCAACCUUCAGAUGCAGUUCGUUUCAUACUUUUCCUGGCUUUAGGGACACUCACGUCACUGGUUGCACAGUCACUGGGACUGCUGAUAGGAGCAGCGUCCACCUCAUUACAAGUAGCAACUUUUGUCGGUCCUGUGACAGCAAUCCCUGUGCUGCUGUUUUCAGGCUUCUUUGUCAGUUUUGACACUAUUCCUAAAUACCUCCAAUGGAUAUCAUACAUUUCCUAUGUUAGAUAUGGUUUUGAAGGAGUCAUUCUGUCCAUCUACGGGCUUGACCGUGAGGACCUGCACUGCGACAAAGAUGAGACAUGCCACUUCCAGAAGUCAGAAGCCAUUUUGAAGGAGCUGGAUAUUGAAGAUGCAAAACUCUACGUGGACUUUAUUGUGUUGGGCAUCUUCUUUGUAUCGCUUCGUCUGAUUGCUUACUUCGUCCUGCGAUACAAGAUCAGUGCUGAGAGGUAGACUUGUGGAAGACGUGCUGGAGAGACUUUCCUGCCCAGGGAGAGCUAGGCUGAGAAAGCCAAAGCAGAGAGGGUUUGUUCCCUCCAAACUGACCAUCGCCAUGUUUUCCCACACUGGACAGAAACCUGGGCUCAACUUGAAGUCACAGUAUGUAGAUGCCCAGCUUUUGCGUGCUUUUAUAAGAAAACAAAGAGCUUAGAACGCAACAGUUUUGGGGCUCAACCAAACGUCUGUACAGAUAGAGAGAGAAACACGGCCGUGCUGAAGAAAACCUGUAGAAACUGAUGAAAGUCUUUCACAGGAGCAGGUCUGAUUUUGACUGAAAAUGUCAUAUGCUGUAUUACGUGAUCAUACUGGAGAGCUGGAAUCUGGCCCUUGUGAAAAAGAAAUGUUUAAUUGUAUUAAAUUCAAAUCGUAAAAA